GCAGGGGUCAGGAUGUUGCCACUGUGCUGCACCUAGUUCACAACCUCCUUCAUGAUGAGGAGGAGGAUGAGGACAAGCCAAGCCAACCGAUGCAGAAUGUUGGGGAGCAGGGUCACAUGGCCCUGCUGGGUCACAGCCUGUCCGCCUACAUCUCUGUGCUGGACAGAGAGAGACUGAGGAAGCUGACCAUCCGCAUCCUGUCCGACACCACGCUGUGGCUCUGCAGACUCUUCAGCUAUGAGAACGGCUCCGCCUACUUCCACGAGGAUGACAGGGACGGCCUGGUGAAAGUGUGUCGGCUGGUCAUCAACGCCCGCUAUGAAGAGUAUUCCUCUGAGGGAUAUGCAGUGCUCAGCUCCAAACAGCCAGUCAUCUACCAGAGUGCCUCCGGGAGGCCCGGCCUGGGCCAGCAUCUGUGCAGCCAGGUAGGGGGGGUGAUUCAAGCCCCUGUGUGCCAGAAUGGCAUGUGA